AUGGCUUCUGUGCAGGUUCCAACAUUAGCUCCAUCCUCGAAGGAGACGGCUAAUUAUGCAAGAUUAUGUCGCCUUUUAGUAGAUGGAGGCACCAAGGCGUUGAGGUACACCUUUGACAAGUUCCACUCCCCAGCAAACCUGUUUAAUAUUUUGAAAGCUGGUUCUGCAGAACAUUCAACUCUGCAGUCCAUUAGAAAAAGGAAAAUCAUCAAUGCCACACAGUGGGGCAAAUUGUUUCCCUCUCCUCCUUCGUCUGUAACAUCAGAAGACUUUGACAUUACGCUACUGGUGGUGCUUCUGAGGAAUAUAUGUGGUCUGCCUGCUCCUGCCACAGGCUGGGACAGUUUGCCACCUGCUUCAGACAUGAGUGUUGAGGCUAACAUAGCCAGAGUGAAGCACUAUAGGAACGCUGUCUAUGGGCAUGCCAGCCAGGCGUCUGUGGACGAUCCAAAAUUUAAUUCCUUGUGGCAGGAUGUAAGUGCCACACUGGUCGCACUGGGUGUAGAUGCAGCUGCCAUCGCAAAACUAAAAACUGAGCCUAUUGUUCCAGACAAGGAGACGCAUUACCGAGAGCGGUUAAAGGAAUGGAAGAAAGACGAAGAUAACAUUAAGGACCAACUUAACAGAAUGGAAGGUAUCUUAACUAGUGUCUUGGGUAAAUAAGUGUAUAUAAAUAGUAUAUAGUAUGUAAAUAUACUAUUGCAAAUUUUGAAAUGAAUGUUUUAAGUUUUGUUGAGGAUAAUUAGAGCAUCUAGUUUUAUAUUUGUACACACUUUUCUUACACCUUAAUUAGUGGGACCAUCCCUAGUAUUGUGCAUCAGCGGUUUUGGUGUUCGCCUUCUCCACAACUUUUCUUUAAAGUAGCGAUUAAUUUAAUUCAAUUUAUUAUCAGCUUGUAAUUUAGUGGAGAGAGUCUGUAACAAAUACUGAACGAUACGAAUGGGCUGUGGACGGGAAUGAAAGCUUCGAAUUGGACAAAAAUUAACUUUCCAUCUACAAAGGAAACAUUCUAUACCUAUAAACUGGCAUUUAACCUCUGAAUGCUGAUAAGACGACCACUUACAAGCUCUUUAAUUUUUUCAACUGAUAAGGUUUUUGAUGAAAGCCUAAUUUUGCCUAGUGCAUUCUUCUCCCUGACAGAUAGAACAAGAGAAGAGCUAAAGGAGAUAAAAAACAAGAUAGAAAGCAUCAGUGAAAACUUGAAGACUUUACAGGAAUCUUCGACCCGCGAGGAAGGUCAGUUUCCCCGACCUGUAGCCCGCUAUGUUGGGCCAGUAUUGCUGAUCGAUCAGUGACCAUUUGUCUGUAUCGCUCUUGGCUCCAAAAAAGCAAUUCUGUAUCCAGAAAGGAAUUUCUCAAGAAGAUCCCAUAGUGCUGCAAUUUAUUCAUUUGCCUUCAAUAAAAAUUGUGAUUCUUUCAGCGAGUGACAUGACAGAUGGUACACCUUGGACUAGAGCGAAACGCCCUAGGCUGUUUAUAGCUCCCUGCUAGAAUGCAUGCAGGUAUCUCGGUUUCAAAUGUACCGAGGGGUAGCUCAACUUAAUUUAAAUUUGUAGCAAGUGUUUUCGUUUUGCAGCAUUAUUUUUAUUUGCUGCAUGUCCCUUGUGGGUCACGAUUGUUACUCUCCCCAGAUGAAAAAAAGAUGCAGCCUUUCAAACCCAACAAGCACGCGAGAAAAUACCCUAACAUCUUAGCAGGAAGAAGUUCAUAACCACGAAUAUAAUUGCCCUGCUUCUCACAAAUUCAAGAGGCCUGCUAAAAGGCUGCCUUUAAACAAAAAAGAGGGCCUUUGUUAUGUUUCGUGUCCUCUAUACUGAAGGGACCCCUCACAGCGGGUGUAGUCUGAGAUGUUUUACGCUUGCUUUAAACGGUGCACAUAUCCAGGAGAGAAACUAAUUGUUAAAAGGUACGUUUUGUUUUGCAGGUUGUUCUAUUCAUUUGUGUUACGGACUUUGAAAGUAGCAAACCAAAUUGUUUAAGACAAAUAUCUAAACCAAACAACUGGAGAACUGACAAUUUGACUAACAAUAACUGUGACAAUAGACGGAUCGAAACGCACCAAUCACUGAUUACGAGUCUUCAUAGCCAAUAACAUCACGGCUUAACUGACAGACGACCAAUAACAUCACGACAUAAUUGACCAAUCAGAUCAAUAACCAGAGUAUGAUACCAUCAACUGACGUGAUACAACUCACUUUGACUCUGAAGAUGACUACCGCACAGGUUGUCGAAUCGUCAGUCACUGUCAACAACAACAGUCCUAUUCAGGACUACGUUCACCCGGACGAUCAAACUCAACCUUUUAUCUAAACCAAAGUUUGGCUCUCAUUUAUUAUCAACAGUUGAUUUGGCUGCCGAGCAUAUUGAAAUCAUUCGCCAGAAGUACAAACGUCAUGAGGGAUGGCUCACGCCCUUUCCUUGGUGCGAAGACUUUCAGUUUCAACUAGGCAGUAUUUAUACACGGCUUCGUAUGGUCAGCAGAGAGAAAAAAGCGAGAGCAACAGCGGAGCAAAGAACUGUUGAAACGACUGAAAUCUUCAAACCCCACGAAGAGUGCAAACAACCUAGAAAAGUAUUGAUUGAAGGAAAUCCAGGUAUAGGAAAGACGACAUACUGCAAUAAGGUUGCUUACGACUGGGCUAUAAACAUAAAAAACGAAGGAGGUUGCUUUCCGGAAUUCGAGAUGGUGCUCUUGCUGAAAUGCCGUGAUGUGGAGAUCGACUCCGACCUUUGGGGAGCUAUUGAUGAUCAGCUUUUGCCAGUUGAGAUUCAGCGAAAGGAAAGAGAGAAAUUCUUCGAGUACAUUCGCCAAAAUCAAUCAAAGGUUCUACUGAUACUUGACGGAUUGGACGAGUUACCUCCGGACAAACUGCCGGAGUUUACCGACAUCAUACAAGGUAAAAUGCUUCCUCUAUGUCACCUUGUGGUUACAGCACGACACGAGGCUGGGAUACCUAUGAGAAAGGUUUGUGACACUCUGCUAGAGAUUGAAGGUUUCACUUAUCAAGAUAGCGAAGAAUUUAUUCUCAAAUAUUUUGCCGGCAAGGAAGAUUUGGCCGAAAAGCUAUUGGAUAAAAUACGGAAUGAGAAAAGGCUUAAAGAGAUGACAGCGAACCCGUUAAACACUGCACUGCUUUGCCUUCUUUGUGAAGACUUUCAAGGUAUUUUACCUGAAAGUAGAACUCAGUUGUAUGUCGAAGUAGUACAAUGUGUUCUUAUCAGAAACAGGAAAAAGAAAGGUUUUCCAGUCGAAAAUGAUCAGGAUUUUAUUGAAAUCUACAAAGAUCAGUUGAAACGCCUUGGUUUGAUAGCUUUAAACGGCCUGUAUGAAGACAACAUGUACUUUGAACACAAAAAGCUUUCAAAAAAAGAUGCCGACCUACCUGGAUUUGGGUUUCUAUCAGCUCAACCUGGAAGCAGCAAACGAAGACCGUGUAUGUAUUACGGUUUUACCCAUAAGAGUUUUCAAGAAUUCUUCGCAGGACAUUAUCUUUGUUGCCAGCUUGUUAGCAAAAAAACCAGUCCUGAAAUAUUGGUCACUGACACAAGAUAUUUCCGAGAGCUAAGAGAGGUAUUGAAAUUUACCUGUGGUCUGCUUGCAGUGAGGUCUGAAGAAAGUGCAGUAGCCCUAAUCAACUGCAUAGCGAAUAAGGUAAACAAAGCUGAUGUGGAAGAAUGUUUACCUGUUGCACUUGAGUGCAUUAAAGAAUGCAAAAUUGAAAACAGUUGUUUUUAUAUACACUUGGCACGUACAUUUGGCGCAUGUCUGAAGGUUCAACAGGCUCAGGCGCGUAAUCAUGGAGUUAUAGAUGACGCUGCUGCUGCUAUGCUUGCUUCCGUGCUUGAAGCAAACACAACUCUCACAAAUUUGGAUCUCCAGGGCAAUAACAUUGGUGCUACCGGUGCUGAGUCACUUUCUACAGCGCUUAAAACAAACACAACUCUGACACAUUUGGAUCUGUCUAGCAAUAACAUUGGUCCUGGCGGUGCUGUGUCACUUGCUACGGCGCUUAAAACAAACACAACUCUGACACAUUUAGAUCUCCAGGGCAAUAACAUUGGUCCUGGCGGUGCUGUGUCACUUGCUGUAGCGCUUAAAACAAACACAACUCUGACAAAGUUGGAUCUCCAGGGCAAUAACAUUGGUCCUUUCGAUGCUGAGUCACUUGCUACAGCGCUUAAAACAAACACAACUCUCACAAAUUUGUGUCUGUCUUAUGGCAAUAACAUUGGUCCUGCCGGUGUUGAAUCACUUGCUAAAGUGCUUAAAACAAACACAACUCUGACAGAUUUGGAUCUGUCUGGCAAUAACUUUGGUCCUGUGGGUGCUGAAUCACUUGCUACAGCGCUUAAAACAAACACAACUCUGACACAU